AUGUCCCAUGGCGCCAGCAACAGCGUCCAUAAAUCCCGAAAGGCCCAUCCCACCUUCCACUUCUUCGCGGGCUUGACCUCUGGCGUUGCCAGCGCUGUGCUGCUGCAGCCGGCCGAUUUGCUGAAAACACGAGUGCAGCAGUCUCGGUCCUCGUCCCUGCGUCAAGUGCUACGAAACAUCCUCUCCGGUCCUCAUCCCAUCACCGGGUUAUGGCGAGGGACACUUCCGUCCGCGCUUCGGACGGGAUUCGGGUCCGCGUUGUAUUUCACAUCCCUGAGCUCCUUCCGGCAGAUCCUGGCGAAUAGCAGCGCCGCCGCGACAUCAGCUUCAGAAGGAGCAAGACUGCCUGCAACACGAAACACGAGCAGCUCCGUAUUGCCCAAGCUGUCCAACACGCAGAACCUGCUCACUGGGGCGACGGCGCGCGUCUUUGCGGGCUUCAUUCUCAUGCCAGUGACGGUGAUCAAGGUUCGCUACGAAUCGGACUUGUAUGCCUACAAAUCGAUCGCCUCGGCUGCGCGCUCGAUCUACGCCCAGGAAGGGAUUAAAGGCUUUUUUUCGGGCUUUGGCGCGACUGCAGUCCGGGACGCGCCAUAUGCCGGCCUUUACGUCCUUUUCUACGAGGUCUGCAAGAAAGACUUGAACAAAUUACUCUACGGGACCGCGGAUCAUGCGUCGUCCGCGACCUCGGCUACCAUUAAUGCCUCGAGUGGUGUUCUGGCGGCGGGCCUGGCCACGACGUUGACGAACCCCUUUGAUGCGGUCAAGACGAGGCUCCAACUCAUGCCGCAGAAGUACGGAAAUAUGCUGAAAGCAAUCAGAUUGAUGAUAAAAGAGGACGGUUUCAAGAGUUUCUUUGACGGCUUGGGGCUCAGAAUCGGGAGAAAGGCUGUGAGUUCAGCACUGGCCUGGACGGUAUACGAAGACUUGAUCGGACGGGCAGAACGGUUCGUGGCACGAAGUGAGGAAAAGAAGGCUGUGGUGUGA